UAAACCCUGGGACCGCUCUGACCCGUCGGACAGAAGUCUGAGACACACUGACGUCAGGCACUGCGCGUCACCGUGAAGAUGGCGGAGGCUGCGGACACACCACAACACCGGUUUUUCUGUCACUGCUGUAAAUGUGAAACAAACCCCAAACUCCCGGAUUUCGUCUGUCCCAGAUGUGACUCCGACUUCAUUGAAGAGGUGACAGAAGACUCGAGUCUCCUGCAGAACAACACAUCAGCGGCCAGUGAAGAAUCAAACUCGUUGUUCUCAGACUUAUGGCAGCUGCUGUUCAUGGAGCGCUCUGCUCUGCUGUCGCAUCCGCCCUCCUCAGAGUCUGACCCAGAUGACAGCGAGCAGGUAUCUGCAGGUCAGAGCCGUCCUUCUCCAGUGCUGCCGAGUGCUGCCGAGGCUGGAGAACCAGAGUCUUCUUCCCAGUCUGAACAAGAGAGGUCAUCCAGGCCUGAACAAAGGCCUGCAGUGGAAGGGAUCGUGCAGCAGUUCCUGGCUGGCCUGUUUGCCAACAACGGAAACCCUGGUGCUGCCCCAGCUGCGCUAUCCGGCAUGCUACAGUUGCACUCAAACCCUGGGGAUUACGCGUGGGGUCAGGGAGGUCUGGACGCUGUCAUCACAGAGUUGUUAGGACAGUUGGAGAGCACAGGUCCGCCCCCUGCAGAAAAGGAGAUGAUCUCAUCCCUGCCAACAGUUUGCAUCUCUCAGGAGCAAACAGACUGCAGACUGGAGUGUCCCGUUUGUAGGGAGGAGUAUUCAUCAGGGGAAUCCGUCAGGAAGCUACCCUGCCUCCAUUACUUCCACAGUGAAUGUAUAGUGCCUUGGCUGGAGCUGCAUGAUACAUGUCCAGUGUGCCGAAAAAGCCUAGACGGUGUUGACAACAGCCUCCUGCCAACAUCAGAACUCCCAGAAGCUCGCUCCAUGAGGACAGAGCAACAGGAGAGGCAGGCGAUCUGAGAAACAGGCCAAGCAACUCUACCUCCUUCACUGUCUUCAGGAGACACGCUUCUCACCUCAGACUUUUCCCUCCGCAUUGACUGCUUCAAAAUAAAAUACAUUACAUGCAUCACAGUCAUAACUCGCAGCUUCAGCUCUCGCUUUAUUCGACUCUACUAAGGAGCUUUUAGUUUUCUUCUCCAACACCUCCACCGUUUCUAAGCCACACACAAAAGGACUGUGCAGUUUGCAGACGAGAUGUGGAGGUGAUGUGUCCUUCUCGCUACAUUGCCCUCUUAAGUGCUUUUCUGAAUGACUGACUUUGAUGUCAUGAACUAAUCACCGCUGAGCUGCCAGUGGUUGUCAAAAUGAUGGGAAUUCAAAGAGUUAUGAAGUAACACUUUUGCAUUAAGGCUCUCGGUAAGACGAUUUCUUCAUGCAGAGUACUCUGUUUUUUCACCCAAUCUGAUUCAGCAUUGAUCUCCUCUCUAUAUUAAAGGCUAACCCUGUGAUCCCCAA